GUCGUUAGUCCGGUGAAGUUCGAAAGAGUGUACGGUUCUGUUCGUAUCGUCGCCGGAUUGAAUUUGGACUCCUAUUUUUUUGCUCACUGUUUUUCUAUAUCCUAUCAACAGAAGAAGAAAAAAAAAGCAAAUAAAGGACAGGCAUCGCGUUCUGCAGGCCGUUUGCAAAAGUGUUUCGGAUUGCUGGUGACAGAGUGCUGUUGGUUUAGAAGAUAAGAUUUUCUCAUAAAGCCGGAUUAUACUCUACGAAGCGGAGAUUGGUUUGCUGGAUGGAUCCACUAAUUUGGGCGUAAGGAUAUUGUUUUCGUUUGUUCCUCUGGCGACUGCUGGCAAAAUGUUCGGAAAAGGGUGUGGGGAAUGAUGGUAGAAUCGAUUAAUUGGCUGUGCAGAUGAAGAGCACAGGUGUGUUUUUACAAAGUUUGGGCAGUUUACGGUGAAAGAUAUACGUUGUGUGAUUAUAAAAGCAGUCUUCUACGGUGGCAGUUUAAGGAAAAUGUGGAUUUAGGCCUCAUUAAAUUCGUGUCGUUUGUUUAUAGCUGAAAUUGAAAAGGCAAGUGAUUGCAAGUGAAAGAAGAAAAAACGGCAGACAUCGCCUUUAUCUUCCUUUUUUUUCUGUUGAAGCGAAUGAAUUUAUCGGAGUAAAGUGUGCGUUUAGUGUUUCUGUUGGUUGCUGCGGAGCGGAGCUAUUCCUGUUGGAAGCGGUGGACGGUUCACCGACGCAAAAGAUUGAACAUUAGCAGAAUCGUUCCUGUCGAGUCACGACGCUUCAGGCCUUCCAGCCCCGGCUAUGGGAGUGCCAGGAAGCAUUAACAGUAACGGUGCUGAAAAAACGCUUCGCAUUUGCCAUUCACGACCCCCUCAGAAGACUGUUCGAGCCACCAUCACCACCAGCAGCAGCACCACCGUCGGCAGAGACUGUGAUACGGGUAUCAGUACUAGUUCGCGCUUCCUCACCGCCCGCGCCAUCAGUAGCAGCAGCACCUGCGGUAGCCAAAUUGCCAUCACCGAAGAACGUAGCAGCAGCAGCCAUUCGAGAAAACGCCAUUCCUCCACAGUAGCAGCAGCAGUAGCAACAGCAUCAGCAGCAGAUAUGAUCUCAACGCGAAGCUGGCGAAGUUCACGACGACCCAUCGGCGGCGGUCCUUUAUUGGCGCUUGCCGUUUUAUUGCUCAUCACCGUUUUUAGCAGUAGCAGCGGCCGAAGUAGUGUCCUGCUAGUGCAAGCCGACUACAUCCUGAACAUUCGCACGACUGAAUUUUCCAACAUUAGCGAAACGCCACACUUUGUCAGCUCAACGUCGUACAAUGCCCGCGGGAUGGCACCGCUCUACAAUCUGACCAAUCUAGUGAUAAAGCUGUUCGUCAGCACAAAUCCGGUUCCGGAAGGUUACCUCAUCGUACGGGAAGGCGACAUCCAGCUGGGACCGAACGUGCAGGAAAACAACUGGGGACCACUGCUGCGGGAGUACUGGGCCGUCCUGCUGAUUGUGGUGCUCAGUGUCCUGCUAAUCGUGCUGAUGCCAAUCAUCGGGUUAUGCCUGUGCUGCUGCCGGUGCUUCGGCGGAUGUGGCGGCCGCACUCAGCCGUUCGAUAAGAAACACGACACCUGCCGCCGAGUGCUGCUGGGUCUGGUGCUGAUCUGUACCACAUCCUCUUUGGUCUUUGGCGUUGUGGUUGCCUACGCGACUAACAGCUACAUGCAGCACGGGGUCGAGAACAUCACCACCUCGGCCCGGUAUGGGGUGGACGAUACACGUGAGUUCCUGCAAACGACUUCACGACAAAUCUCGCAACUGCUGGACACCAACUACCAGGAGCUGAACAGUCAGCUAAAGAAGACAUUGAACGAAGCCUCGGACAUUAUCAUCCGCCGGUUGGAGGAGGAAUCCAAAGCGGAGAAACUGAACACGCUAAACGAGUUUGUCGAGCAGCUACCGGCAAUCAAAAACAAUCUCGACACUAUGACGAAGCUGACCAGGGAACUGCGGGUGAACGCUUCCCAGCUGAACGAUGGACUGCGGGGCGUUAAGCGUGAGUUACUCGCUUCGCUGACGAAGUGCGGCACCCAGGACUGCAUCAAUGUAAUGGAGGACUACAAAAUCGGCCGCUUGGAUACGAAUGGGAUCGAUUACAAUUCGCUUCCGGAUUUGACCGAAAUUACAAACAGCGUGCAGGAGCUGGUAUCCGGUAAUAUAGCGGCGGCAGUACGGGAAGGUGUCGAUCAGCUGAACCGUCUCAAGCAGAGCCUGGAGCGAGCCGUCCGGGAUCGUAUUCCGUUGGUUACGGCAGCUGCAGAUUCUACGGGACGAGCAAUAAAGUCGGCUUCCGAUGAGCUAACAUCGAAGUUGGGAAGCGUUUCAAACGCAAUCGGAAACAAUAGCUACAAGCACCUGGAUCAGGCCGAUGAUUACAUUGUUCAGUACGGUAUCUACCGGUACUACGUUGGGUUGGCCAUUAGUUCGGUACUGUUGCUGAUUUUGAUGUGUUUAAUCUGUGGCCUGUUGUGUGGAAUCUGCGGAAAGAGACCCGACGGUUAUGGGGAUGACUGCUGUAAUAAGGGCGCUGGUGGCCGAUUUUUGAUGUUUGGAGUGGCCAUAAUUUUCCUCACCUUCUCCGUGAUAUUAGCUUUUACGCUGGUUUCCUUCCUCGUCGGAAGCGUCGCCCGACGGGGAGUCUGUGACUCACUCAAACAUCCCAAAGAAAGUCAAAUAAUCGACUACGUCGAUACGUACCUUAACAUCAACAAGUACUACGAGCAGAUUCGCAGCCAAAAUGCACGUUCGAAGUGGAAGCUACCGCAGGACACCAACCGGCAGGUUGAUCCGAUCCGAAUUGUCGAGCUAAUCGAGUCAUGCAAAGCUAACAAUACUGUUUAUCAGGUCCUAAAAUUGUCAAAUUUCUACGAUAUUCAUGAUAUCCGUCAGUUCCCGGAGGAUUACGGUAUCAUAAGGGAACUGAAUGCGCUCAAAGAAAAGAUCGAAAUCGGAACCGUAACUAUUCUGGACGCUGAAGCUGAGCGAGAUGUUCAGUAUCUACGGGAUUCUCGCCUAAACGAUUUUGCUUCGUACAAAUUUGUGGAUCAUCUUACUCAAAACAUCACACAGAACAACCUCAACGACAUUGCCAACAAAUUGCGCAAAGUUGCCGAAGAUAUUCCUUCCAAUAAGGAUCUCAACGAUAUCAAGGUCAAUCUGAAGAACCAGGCUCUACACUUAUCCUCCUACCAGUCAAACCUGGUGGACCCGAUGCUGCGGUACACAAACGAACUGAUCGAACUGUCUACCAAGCUGGAAUCGAUGCUGAAGUUCGGAAAGGAAUCGUUUGCCGUUGCAAUCGACGAGUUUCUCACGCAGAUCAAAGACGCCGAAGAGUACAUCAACAAGCAAGGUCAGCCGUUUGUCGAAGCCGUUGUAACGGAACUGACGAACGGUUUUCUCGAUCAAAUCCACUCGUAUCUGAACUUGGUGAUCGACUCGACCACCAAAGAGCUGGGCCGCUGCGGCCCGCUGGCUAACGUGUACGACUCGAUGACGGUUGCUGCCUGCAACCGGAUUGUGGAUCCAUUCAAUGGAUUUUGGGCCGGAGUCGCCUGGUGUUUGGUGAUCUUCCUACCGACGAUCGUGCUGUGCGUGAAACUGUCGACACUCUAUCAAAAAUCGGAUCCGUACCCGGGACCGCUGGUCGAAUCGGAGUAUCUGUACGAUGCCUACAGUGAACGGGACAAUAUUCCACUGGCGAGUGGUCCAAAAAACAAGCGACGCAAGAAGAGCGACCGCCGCCGGGACUCGCGCGAUCGUCGUGACGUGUACUACGAGGAUGGAAGCCCUUCCGGGGGUCACAGUCGAGAGCCCCGCUAUAACGACAUGGCGCCAAAGAACUGGGAUGGAGCUCCUCCGCGCUACCAAAAUCCACCGAUGGCCCCGCCGGCGACGGAAUACGAGCGUCCUCCACCCUACUACUAUCCGGGAGCUCCCAGCGAACAUGAGUAAAGUGUGCAGUGUGAUCAGUGGUGGCCGCCUACUGGAAUAAGCUGCCACACACUUUUCCUCCUAAUUCUUUAAAAGAAAUAAUUCCCCCCCCCAUACACACUAAGACCCUCCUGGAUAGCUACCGAUGGGGAGAUAGUAUAGAGAAGAAGCAUUUUUGAACUGAACUUGAACUGCUAGAAGGGCCAAUUUGAUGCUCCUGAACACAAGAGGUGGGAUGACGAACGAAGAGAUGAUCUUUUUUUUUGAAACAAGUUAACGUGUUCAUCUCACCUCACUGCCUUUGGACGAGAGAAAGAAUGGUUUUUUGAUUUCUAUUUUCCAAUAACUCACGUACGUAGUGUAAUGUUCUUCGCCCUAUCUUACUCUAAUUACCUAUAUUUGACGUCAUUGCUGGAUCAAUUUGAACUACUAUAGAUUGUUUUUUUCUUUUAACCGCACAUCGGUGUAUUUAAGGGUAAUUAAUUCAUUCCAAAUUGAACUCUUUGCUAGAGGUAUUUGCUCAAAACAUUAUAGAGAAAAAAAAAACAAGAGAAAAAGUAGAAGAGUAUCAAAGAAGAAGUGUAAACGCAACCUUUUUGCAGAGAGAUAGAUAUGAGAUUAUUGCACAGGAGACCAAAUAAAAGAAGAAAACCCGAGUUUGUUGAAUUAAAAAACUGCCAUUAUUAGUCCUAGAACCAUCUGUGAGUAACCUCGAAACUGACUAAUUUUUGUUGUUAAUCAGCUCACGCCUACGAUAACUGUACAUGAGGUUUGCUCAUAUCGAGAGAAAAGCAAAAUGACUCAAACAAAAGCAAAGCAACAUCACCUUUUCAGUGAACCAAUCGACUACUCACUAACUAGUAUCAAUGUAUCAAACCCCAAUUUAAUGUAAACACACACAAACACACACACACACUUUGUAACCAAAACCAACUCUAGCCGAUGAUAUUAGUGUACUGCGUGCACACAGACGCGCAAGCCGGAAGGAAGAAUUCCCUGCAGAAGCCAAUAAAGUAACAGGUAAAUUAUUAUUCACUUUUUUCUGUCACACGCUCUUGUCGAUUUUUAGUCGUCAUCGUCGUCGUUUGUGAAUUUAAAUUAAAGGAUUUAUAAAACUAAUUCAUUUUUUUCGAUAAAGGAAAAGUAUAGAAAAAAGGCUGAUUAGCUCUUAACAAGGCAGACAGCAUAAGUUUUGCUAGUAGAAUGAAUCGACUAACAAACAAUAGAGAAGAAACUGGCAGAAGGCGAACAAGAUUUGCACGAAGAAAGGGUAAAACGGAAAGCAAGGGUACAGGAUUUUCGUGCAGUUCCUGGUGUUGAGAGAACGGUUUUUAGUAGCUCUAAUAUUUUAGGUUCGUUCAAAUCAUAUUAGUGAUAAUUUUUCACCUAUCUAAGUAGUAGCGUUUUAUAUAUUAUUCAGAAAGAAUGUGAUUGUGUUAGUUUGAUUACUUCCCGCUCCAAAAGCGCAAAAUUUUAGGAAAGUUUUUCUUUUGUUCUUAUCAAUCGGUAGAAUCUCAUCCCAGUUACAUUAUUAAUUGUUUUUGUUUAUGAGGUUUUUAGUUUCUUCAGUAUAGAACAAGCACCUAACCAGGAGAGACACGCAAACGCGCAGAACGGACGGGGAAGCUAUUGAUGUAAAGCUUGCUCAAAGCUUUCGAAGUUCGCUGCGAGUAAAUGAAUUAGUCAAGCCAACAGCUUCCGGUCGAACGAACGGAAGUAUAAAACAAAUUAAAUAUUCGGUAGUACGUUUUUAUAGGGGACCGUCAUACAGCUGAACCCACGCUGGUCCGGAUCCGUUGUUGGGUAACGUGCAUUUAAUUUUUACUUUUUAGUAGUGUUAUAAACCGCAACCGCUAGAGCGAGAGUUGUAGACCAAUGAGGAAAACUCGGAGCAAACGACUGCGCGCGUAAUUUUCUUCAAAGGUUUCGCGGUCGUUUCGGAUUUUGUACUUGUAUCGUAUAAACAAAAAAAAACAGAAGUGAAACUACCCAGAAUUGCAUACAACAAAAUAAAUUGAUAAAAGACUUUACCUUACUUUAAUCUAUCAAUGUGAGAACAAUUUUAAUCGUGUAAAAUAAAGCAAGCUAAAAAACAGGUCGAUCAUCACUUUAGAUGUUUCUUCAAGUUCGAGUUUUUGAAAGCAAAGGACUUCCCUUUUUCGCUGUAUUAAAGCCACUAAUCUAGCAUACAUACACAGAUGGAGACACACCCACAUACACACGAAAGCUAAUUUAUAAGGUGGUAUAAUACGUGUCUUUUGCGCGCCAAACACGGAUGAUACAGCGUUUAAGGUACUA